AAUGUCCUCAUCGUAGAGAGUGCUGAAGCUUUUGUAUUCUGAAGGUUUCAAGCCAGCAGCUGUCUAGCAGCCAGCCAUGGCUGAGAGUCAUUCUUAAUGUGGAGGUUUAGUACAAAGAAAAAAAUACAAGUAAGCUGACCAGAAAGACUGGAAUUUCAGCUCCCCCCCACUCAGCCUCCUUGGAUUUCUUCCUGUUUCCCUCUCUCCCUCCCUCCCUCUCUAAUUCUGCAAGUCCUUUAAACCAGAGAUUAUUGGGUCACUGACUCUCAUUGUCCUUCCCAAGCGGGUGUCUUCUGGUGCCGGAGCUCCUGAAGGACUACUGUUACCUAUAAGCGUUAGCUGCCUGAGUAUAUGAAGUCAACAGAGGCAAGUUAAGAUUUCGGGAAAAAAAUGUGUUCAUUGUUCUAAAUGCUGGGAUUGAUCCAUGAGCUAAUUAACCUGAGGAUACUUUGAAAGGCCUCCUGGUCCAAAUUUCACUAUGCAGGAUAUAUUUCUAACAGAGCACAUGUGGGACACUGUAGCCUGAUGUCUUGAUUAGAUGGUGACACUUCUCUGGAAGGACAAAGAAAAUACCCCCUUUUUUUAAAGGGGUUACUCCUUUGCUAACCACACCAUGAAGGCUUUAGAGAACAGCUGGCUCCUUUUGCUUUUUGCUCUUAAUCUGAGAGGCAUCUGCUCCUCCUUUGUCAAUGUCAACCGCGGGGUGAAAGUGAUGAAGGGUCAGUCUAUCUUCCUGUCCCAAGAGGACCUGCAGUUUUCCAUCCCUCAAGAGAAGGAUGCUUGCAAAGUAGAAGUUGUGAUGAAUGAGCCAAUCACACAGAGGGCUGGGAAGCUAACCCCACAGGUAUUUGAUUGCCAUUUUCUUCCCAAUGAAGUCAAGUACACUCACAAUGGAUGCCCAAUUCUCAAUGAAGACUUAGUCAUGCUGAAGCUAUAUAGAUUUACAGAAACGGAAACGUUUACAGAAAUAGUCCCCCUUCUUGUAAAGAUACUUGAACCAGAUUGUAAUAUUAUCAAGAUGAGCUCAAGUGCUCUGGAGGUCCCUGAGUUUCAUGGCCUGUCUAAUGUAAUUGACAAGAACACAAUUACUUUAGACUAUAACAAGAAGAUGAAUGUGGAGUGCACCAUAAGCCUGAUUUCCUCAGAAACUUUUCUACCAGCUCAUGGUCAACUUGUCACUGGAGAAUCUAAAGAAGCAAAACCUCGUGGAGAUCAGCCUCUUAGAUUUCCCCCCACAUCUAAAGGUAGUGCAGGUGAAAGGUGCCCAGCUGGGAGAUGCUUUUCAGACUUGAAGAUCAUUCAGAACAUCAAGGUGAGCUGUGAAGAUUUUCUCCUGAUGGGCCUUAGAUACCAGCACUUGGACCCUCCUUCACCUAACAUUGAUUACAUUCCCAUCAGGCUGGAUCUUAUUGACAGCAGAAGCAAGACCGUGUACAAGUCUGAGCAUGCUUGGCUUCCCAUUCAAAUUGGAGGUGCAAUUCCUAACCAGGCCCCCCAAGCUGCCUUCAUGUCUUUGCUAAUCCUGGAAGCAGACCAGUUCAUUUUGAGCCCCUUGUCAACAACCAUAUUGGAUGCUGAAGACAGCGAAACACCCAAAUCUCUGCUGGUCUUCAACAUCACCAAACCACCUCAAGAAGGUUACAUCACACAUCUGCAAGACCACACUAAGCCUAUCUCAUCCUUCACUUGGAACAGUCUCAAUGACAUGCUCAUCGCUUAUCAGCCUCCAAACAGCAGUCAUACAGAGAGGAGAAAUUAUGAGGUGGAGUUUGAAGUUUAUGAUUUCUACUUUGAAAGAAGUUCACCAAUUACUCUUUAUGUGUCCAUUAGACCAACACAUACAAGUGCUCCUCGGGUCUCGUGGAAUACAGGUCUUGAUCUCCUUGAAGGACAGUCUCGUCCUAUAACAUGGGAGCAGUUUCAGAUUGUUGACAACGAUGAUAUCAAUAGUGUUCGCUUAGUCACUGUUGAUGGUUUACAGCAUGGACAGCUCACUCUAAGAGGACGAAAAGGAUUCAUGUUUACAGUCUCAGACCUCAAGAAUGGUGUUGUUCGUUACCAUCAUGAUGACAGUGAUUCCACAAGGGACUAUAUUGUCUUUAGGAUAUUUGAUAACCGACACAGCAGUCGCCACAGAUUUCCAGUCAACAUUCUGCCUAAAGAUGACAGCCCCCCGUUUCUCAUCAGUAAUGUUGAAAUAGAGGUGCAUGAAGGACAAACUGUUCUGAUCCAAGUCUCAAUGCUUCAAGCCUCUGACAUGGAUUCUAGUGAUGACUAUAUACUCUUCAAUAUCACCAAACCAUCACAGGCAGGAGAAAUCAUGAAGAAACCUGGACCAGACCUUAUUGGUUAUCCAGUCACUAAAUUUCUUCAGAAAGAUCUGUUGAGAGGGAUAAUUUAUUAUCAUCACUUAGGAGGAGAAACAUUUGGUGAUUCAGUUGAGUUCAUUCUGUGUGAUAGCCAUGAUCCUCCCAAUCAUUCAGAAAUUCAGGAGCUAAGAGUGCACAUAAUUCCUGUGGAUGAUCAACUUCCCAAAGAAGCUUCAGGGAUGCACCGCCAUCUAACUGUCAAGGAAUCUGAGAUUGCUUAUCUAACAAAGAAACAUCUCAAUUAUAUUGACAUGGAAGCACAGGAAAGGAAUCUCAUCUAUACCAUUACUUCUCCUCCGAUCUUCACUUCCAUGAAUCAUCACAUGGAUGGUGGGAAGUUGUUUAUGGUUGACAGUAUUCCAAAGCCGAUCAAGGAUCCUGAUACUCCAUCACUGAGAUCAUUCACACAGCAUGCCAUAAACCACAUGAAAGUUGCCUACAUGCCACCUUUGCAAGAUAUUGGCCCUGAGCCUCAGUACAUCCAGUUCACAUUUUCAGUCAGCAAUCAACAUGGUGGAACUUUGUAUGGAAUCUGUUUUAACAUUACCAUUCUUCCAGUGGACAAUCAGGCUCCAGAGGUGUUUAUAAACAACUUAAAAGUAGAAGAAGGGGGGCUGUGCACCAUUACAGAAGGCCACAUUUUGAUUUCAGAUGCAGAUACCAAACAGGAAAACAUCCGCAUCCAAAUGCUAAGGUCACCUCUCCAUGGGACUGUUGAGCUGGAUGGAAUUCCUAUGAAUCAAGGAGACUGGUUGACCUGUGAAGACCUGCGCAUGUCCAAAGUCAGGUAUCAUCACAAUGGCUCUGAGGUUCUACAGGAUCAUAUUCUGCUUGAAGCUACAGAUGGUAUCAAUUCCUUUGAGUUCAUUCUACAUGUUAAGGUGAAGCCAGUAAAUGAUGAACCUCCUGUCCUGAAUGCUGACCUCAUUCCCUUCAUGCAAUGUCCAGAGGGUCAAGUCGUGUCCAUCACCUCAGAGAACCUUUAUGCUACUGAUGCAGACAGUGAAGACAUGCAGCUGAUGUUUAUGCUCGCUCGACAUCCUAAACAUGGGGUUGUGAAGAAAGAUGGAAUUGUGGUGGAUCAUUUUCUCCAAGCAGAUGUUGUUUCUGGAGGAGUGGCCUAUGAACAUAAAAGUGGAGAGAUUGGCUUGAUUCCUUUAUUUGAUAUCCUUACUUUUGUUGUCUCGGAUGAUGAAACUGGCGCAGAUGUCAAUUCCUGUUGUUAUGAUGGAACUCCCUUUCCUCCUGUGCCACUUCAUAAAGCUUUUCCAGUAUAUGACAUUAACAUCACAAUAUUUCCUGUAGACAACCAGCCACCAUCCAUUUUUGCUGGUGCCAUGUUUGUUGUGGAUGAAGGCUCCUCAGCAGCCAUUACAGUUAGCCACUUGUAUGCCACCGAUCCUGACACCAACACAGAUGACUUGCAGCUUGUUUUAGCAUCUCCUCCCCAGUUUGGGUACAUAGAAAAUAUAUUGCCUUUCCCUGGCUUUGAGAAAAGCAACAUAGGAAUAAGCAUAGCCUCAUUUCAGUUGAAAAACAUGAAGGCCCUGGUGAUAAAUUAUGUCCAGAGCAGGCACAGAAGACUAGAACCAACCACAGACCAAUUCAUGGUUUAUGCCACUGAUGGGAAACGUCGUUCGAUGGAGACACCAUUUUAUGUAUUAAUCAACCCAACAAAUGAUGAAGUUCCAGAAUUCAUGGCGAGGAAUAUUACAGUGAAGGAGGGCCAGAUUAAGGAAGUGGAUCCAUCAGUAAUCAAUGUUGUUGAUCUGGAUGUACCUCAAGAUACCCUGAUGUUUACUGUCCUCCAGCCACCCCAGCAUGGGCUCCUUGUUAAUGAGAAUUAUGGCAAUGAUGUCAUCCGCUACAAAUAUGCAAUUAACAGUCACCAGCACCAUCAACUUCCUGUGUAUGAGUUUUCCAUGGAGCUUUUGAAAAAUGGAAUGAGGCUGAUGUAUAUGCAUGAUGACUCCGACAGCCUAGCUGAUGGUUUUUCAAUCCAGCUCUCAGAUGGGAAACAUAAAGUGUCAAAAACCAUUUCAGUAGAGGUCAUUCCAGUUAAUGACGAGAAACCAGUGCUGAGCAAGAAGGGUAAGAUAGAAGUGAAUAUGGGAGAAGCCCAAAUUAUUUCUAGUGCUGUUCUGUCAGCUGAAGAUAAAGACACCCCUAGGGAACAAAUUUAUUAUUUGUUUGAGAGAGUCCCCAAAACUGGACAUCUUCAGCUCAAGGUAAGCCAUGACUGGGUGAUACUCCAAAAUGGAAUGAAUUGCACCCAGGAGGACAUAGACAUGAAUUCUGUGAGAUACAUACACACCGGAGCAAUUGGCUCAAAGAAACAAGACAGUUUCAUGUUUCAUUUGUGGGAUGGAGACAAUAGAUCGCCUGAGGUGGUUUUCUCUAUUGCCAUUAAGGGCAUAGAAAAGGGAAACAUUGUGGUUUACACAAGGCCACUCACUGUGUUGAAGGGUGACCGAGGCCACUUGAUGACUGAUGUCCUCCUUGCAGUCGAUGGCACUGAGAAGCCAGAGGAGCUCCUCUAUGUGAUAACUUCCCCACCUCAGUAUGGACAGAUUGAGUAUGUCACCUAUCCUGGCGUUGCUGUUACAAGUUUCAGCCAAAUGGAUGUGGCCAGCCAGGCAGUCUGCUAUGUCCACAAUAGCACAACAGCUUCUCCCAGAGAUAUGUUCAGAUUCAUUGUCAGCAAUGGGCUAAGAACAAAACACGGAGAGUUUGAGAUCAUCCUGGAGACUGUAGACCAAGCCUUACCCACGGUGGCCAAGAACAAAGGGUUAACAUUACUUGAAGGUGGCAUGACAUUCCUUUCUCCAGAUGUUCUACAGCUUUCAGACCCAGAUACAGCUCCACAAAACCUCUCCUUUCUCCUAGCACAGCUUCCCCAAUAUGGCCAGCUCUUCAACAGAGAGUCUGGAGUAUGGUGUCAAAGCUUCAGCCAACAAGAUGUGGACAAUCUGAAUGUUGCUUACAGACAUGGAGGAGGGGAUUCUCGGAUUGAUAGAUUUACGUUUGUGGCAACAGAUGGAGUGAAUCAAGGCUUCAUAGUAAAUAACAAGGUGCAAGUAGAGCCUUUGGCAUUCAUCAUUCAGGUGGACAGCCCAGCAAAAACAGGGCCAGAAAUUGUCUACCUUCGUAGUGCUUCAGAUGUGGAACUUCUGAAAAAUGGCAACUAUGGGAUUUACAUUACUGCCCGGGCCCUGAAGGUAUCUGAUUGUGAUACAGAUGAUGAACAAAUAUUUUUUAAGAUUUUACGAGGUCCUCAAUAUGGCUAUUUGCAAAAUAUAACAACAGGUGGAUUUAUUCAGCAUCAAUUCAGCCAGAAAGAUUUAAAUAGCAAAACCAUACUUUACAUCAUUGACCCUUCCUGGGAGGGGAAUUCGGACAACCUGGAGAUUCAAGUUACUGAUCCUGAAGGAAACUCUGCAGCGUCUCAAACAUUGGAACUGAAAUGGUCUAAAAUUGAAAUGCAACAGGAUGUUUAUGAAGUGUGCGAAAAUACAGAGAUGCUGCCUUUGAAAAUCACCCGAUCAGGGCACACCACAGAUUCUGCCUUUGUUGCUGUGAAGGUCAAUGAAGUGUCUGCUUCUUUGGGAAAGGAUUUCACUGUGACUCCUUUCAAACUUAUUCAGUUUGAUCCAGGAAUGUCAACCAAGAUGUGGCAUAUAGCAAUUACCUAUGAUGGAUUAGAGGAAGACGAUGAGGUCUUUGAAGUGCUUCUCAUCUCCCCUGUGAAUGCUGUUCUUGGCACCAGGACAAAAGCCGUAGUGAAAAUUUUGGACUCAAAAGGAGGUCAGUGCAGCUCAUUCCAUUCUUCAAGCCAAAACAUUCAGAACUUACGGAUGAAAGGAACAUUGUUUCCAGGCUCCCCUUCAUCUUCCAGGCAUGGUACUGUUUACUUGGAAGAAAUCCUGCUGCCCCCUUCCAAAGAAAUGGUAGCGCAGAGACGGGGCAAACUACCGGAAUUCAACUUGGUGAAUCUGGCAAGAAGCAGGCUAAGAGCCCUUGGAAAUGGCAAAACUAUUCGUCCUUCUUCCAUGUUUAGAAAUGGCACCAGUGUCUUUUUUAAAUACCAUGGGAUGGCAGUGCUCAGAGUGGAUGAAGACAACCCAUUGCCUAACAAAAACAAGAUGGCAGCCAUGUCAGUAAUUAAUCAAAGGGAGCCAAGGAAAAAUGUGGUUUCCCCCAGAAAAAUAGAAGUUCUGCAAACAGACUCCAACAUUCCAGGUCACAUCCUUUCCUUUCCAAAUAGAUGUACACCAGAUUUGAAGGGUCUCUUGCAUUAUGAAGGAAAGAAGAUAUUUCAGUGUGAUGGUAUUUCCUGGAUGCUAUGGAGUUACACAGACAAGGGUACUAACAUGAAAGCCUGUCCUCCUGGAUGGACCCAUCACGAUGGAAGCUGCUACGUCCUGAUCAUUGAUCCAAAAGUCACUUGGACUGUAGCUGCUCGGAUCUGCAGAGAACAGUACCAUGGCAGUUUAGUAAGUGUUGCUUCCAAAUCUCACAUGCGGUGGCUAUGGGACUUCAGUGGAAAGAGACCUUUUUGGAUAGGCUUCAAUGAUAGAAGAAAUCCAGGCCAGUUUGAGUGGAAUAAUGGAGAACGUGUUGCUUUCACAAACUGGAGAAAAGAAUCACUGCAUCUUUCAAAGAAAGGAAGGAACUGCAUUUUAGUACAGCAGCGGGGAAAAUGGCAAAGAAAGGACUGCAGAAGGGGCAAAGGGCACAACUAUAUAUGCUUCAGGAAACUAUAAAGAAAGUUGAUGUUCAGAUGCAAGCCUGGCCUUAUUGUGCAUAAUAAACAAUUUAUUUAUAACCAGGGUUGUUAAAAGGGUUCAAAUAUAGGGAGUCAGGUGACCUGUUUGCAACAGGUUUUAUAUGGAGGGGUUCAAAUGUGACAGGGAAAACUGUUACACUACAACUAAUUUCUCUCUCCCUCUUUCUAGUGUGUGUGUUAUGUUGGGUAUGACUGAAGAACAAGCUUUGUUUGCCCCAGAGUUCCUUUCUGCUAUGCCUCUUUCAAGAAAUACAAAAUAAGAAACAGCUAGACAAGUAACUGGAGAAGAGCUCUGGGGUGGACAGAGACACUGUGCCAUAUGUGACCUGCCCUGUCUUUCCUGGACAGGACAUUCUAUCGCCCACAAGCCUGCAUUUCAUUGGUUUUGAAAGGGAAACAGAACAACAUUCUGCUGUUCAAAGAUUAUAGAAGAUACAUAAUGCUAGCUACAGAAAUUUUGGAACUUUAAGUAAAAAGUAAAAAAAAAACACAUUUUAUUGACAUGCAGAGAUGGGAGAUGGAAACAAGAAAAUGGUUCCCUCUUUUGAAUGUGCCACCUAAAAUGAAGGGGUUAUGUUGCCUUAUGAUAUAGGAAUACACCUGAGGAUGUAAUGCUUCUAUGAAAUUUUAAAAUGUUAAAUUCUUAUGGUAAUUGAAACUUAGUCAUAGGUACUCUUUCAAAUGGAAUAUGGAAAGAGCUCUAAUUGUAAGUCCUUAUCAUUAUAGGUCUGAAGUGAACUGCCUGCCAAGUUUUCAGCAUGAAAGAAUCCUAGCAGAAUUUUUUUUUAAGUGAUACACUAUCAUAACCAAGAACGUAAGAGCUCCUUAUACGCUUGGGCUCAUUCUGGGUGGAAGGGGAGAAUAAAAAUUUAAUAAAUAAAUAAGAAGAGCCCGGCUGGAUCAGUCCAAGGGUCCAUGUAGUCCAGCACGCUAUUCUCACAACACUACUCCUCUCUGCCACACUGCUGUGUCUUUGGACUAGGAUUCUUUAACAGUGCAAUCUUCUACAGGUUUAUUCAGAAAAAAAGUCCCACUGAGUUAAGAACAUAAGAGCCUUGUUUGGAUCACGGCAAAGGCCCACCUAGUCCAAUAUUCUGUUCUCACAGUGGCCAACCAGAUUCCUUAAUGGGAAACCUGCAAACGGAACCUGAGCACAACAGCGCUCUCCCCACCUGCGAUUCCCAGCAGCAGCUAUUCAGAGACAUUACUGCCUCCAACAACGGAUGUAGAACAUGGCCAUCAUGGCUAGUACCCACCGAUAGCCUUAUCCUGCAUGAAUGUAUCUACCUAUCUAUCUUUUAAAGCCAUCACUACCUUUUAUGGGAUAGAAUUCCCCUAAUUAACUGUGCACUGUGUGAAGAAGUAACAAUCCAAAGUUUUGUUGGUAUGUUACAUUUCUGCCUCAGUCAUUCUUCACUUGUGCUCUAUCCCCCCUCCCCCACUCUCAAGGGCAUAUCUUGUAUUUCUAGUAAGAACUACGGAAAUCUGAUUCUUAGAACUCAUACUUUUCUUUUCACUAUAAUGUCAAAAAUGUGGACUGCAGCAAGGCAUAGUUAGAAUUACCCCCAUAAGAAACACCAUCAACAGAAUUUGGAGGACAAAAUUCAGGAGACCGCCCCUUUCCAAGAUACACGUGACAAGCAUUAAGGCCCUAAAGAUGACCAAGCUAUUCCAGAUGUGUGCUCUGUUGGUCAUCUGCAUCAUCCUAUUAAGUGCUAAGAGAUUUUACCACACAUCAACAAGCAAUGUGUUGUACAGUGUGAAAUAAAAUGCUGAUCUGCUUCGGCUCAUUAUGAGAACUUGGCGAUGCAUAAAUGCCCUGAUGUACUGGAAAAGGGGAAAAGAGAAGAACAGUUUAAAAAAAAGUUAUAAACCCACAACUCAUCAACACAUCAGCAAGCCUUUAAUAUGUAAUAUCUUAAAAGGGCUGCAAAUUGCCCAUUGGAAAUGUGAUUUGCCCAUUGGAAAAAUAUGAUUUCCCAGAAGAAAGUGAAAAACACCAUAUUUAACUUUGGCCUUAAUAAAUAUGUAAUAAGAGCUACAUAGUUACAGGUUGUUAUUCAUAAAUAUGUAUACAAUUGUGUUUCUUCUUAAGGUCAUUCAAAAGAAGAUUUAUUAUUUUUAUAUGUGCACAUUCUUUCCUGAAUGCUGGAGAAAAUGUUAUGUUUAUCAACUAUGUGGUUUGGUUUUAUUUAAUAAAAGGUGCUAAUCAAAUUUGUACCCCUAAAUACAGCAUGCUAUAUGCACCAUGUACGUAAGACCUAAAUAUAUAGUGUUAAUAAAAAAUACUGUUACAAAUGUUAAA